GUCGCGCGCGACGAAUUUUCGUAACGCGCAGUAUUGUUGACAGCCGUGUAUCCGACGAGAGGAAAGAGAAGAUAAGAAUUGUUAAAUUAAUGAUCCUCGAUCACGAUUCAACAUUUUAUUCGUUUCGAACAAUAUGUCAGAGUUAUUGGUUUACAUUUACCGUCUUUCAAAGCACUAAUAAAACAUUUUAUAUGUAUGCUCAUAGUUUCUAACCUAUAACAGUAUACACAUCUAUAUCUAUCUAGGUGAAAUUACUUAAUAUUAGGAAAAGAUGUCAUCUUCCCACACAACGGAGAUGACCGAGCAACUAGUUAAAGACUAUGCGAAUUACGCAAAAAUGGACUGGAGUAAUCAGAUGAAAAAUGUUCGCGAUAGCAUAGAGGAUACACUGAUACGACUGGAGGAAUUCCAAUCGAUUGUUGCAAUGGUGGAAAAUAGCAGUGCCGAGUGCAUGCAGCAACAUCUUCCAAAACUGCAACACAUGAAGGAUGGUAUGGCAACUCUUCGCAAAAGAAUAGAUGCACUGGAGCAUGUUGUUGCAAUGGCCAACAUGAAUUUAAGUGCAUUGGAAGCUGCUGUAGACAAGGCAGAAACUGACCUAGGUGUAUCAGAUAGACUAUUCGGAAUACUAAAUCCUUUAUCAUUUUUUAAAAAAACUCAGGAACCUGUUGCUUCGAGUACAGUGCCAAUAUAUAAAUCGCCCAUAAUUUACAAGUCUGAUGACUAUUUUCAAAGAGAAUAACAAACAUGCACAAAAGAUGACUUGGAUUAUGUGAAGUACCUGUUAUUAGUGUAAGAAAGUAUAAAAUAUAAAUCAUUAAUAUUAAUGAGGAAAAAUAAUAAGAUUGGAUAUUAAAUAUUAAACAUCUAUAAUGAAUUUUCA